GUUACCAAGUCUGAUAUGUUCUUAAGCUCGCCUCUCCGCCAACUACACCCAAAAAGUAGACGACCCACAUCUAGCUCAAGAUUAUGGCCACCGCGGGAAUCAAGCCAUCCACCAUGCGCGCUGUCCAGUACAGCCGCUACGGUGGCGGCGGGGCGUCUCUGAAGUUUGUGGAGAUCCCCGUGCCGUCACUGAAGAAGGAUCAAGUUCUUAUAAAAGUAGAAGCGGCAAGCCUGAAUCCGGCGGAUUCUAAGGUUCAGCGAGGGCUGUUGCGUCCUUUUGUCCCAAGAUUUCCAUUUAUUCCAGUUACUGAUGUAGCUGGAGAGAUCGCGGAGGUCGGCUCUGCAGUAAGCGAGUUCAAAGUUGGUGAUAAAGUUGUGGCUGCACUGAAAUUCUGGAAAGCUGGUGGACUCGCCGAGUAUGUAGCAGCAUCCGUGAGCCUCACCGUGCUACGCCCGGACGGCGUGUCAGCCGCCGAAGCCGCCGGGCUGCCCAUGGCCGGUCUCACGGCUCUCCAGGCCCUGAAAGUGAUUGGGACACAGUUCAACGGCACGGGCAUCGGCAGCAACAUCCUGAUCACGGCGGCGUCCGGUGGCACCGGCACUUACGCCGUCCAGCUCGCCAAGCUCGGGAACCACCACGUCACGGCCACCUGCGGCGCGCGCAACGUGGAGCUCGUCGCGAGCAUCGGCGCCGACGAGGUGCUCGACUACAAGACCCCCGAAGGCGCCGCACUAAAGAACUCCUCCGGCAAGAAGUAUGACUACAUCGUCAACGGCACGAAAGACGGCAAGUGGUCGGCGUUCAAGCCUAGCCUCAGCAGCCGUGGCAAAGUCGUGGACUUGGCUCCCAACUUUGGAAACGUUAUUGCGUGGAUUCUGACGAAGUUCACCAAGAAGAAAAUGUCCGUUUUCCUGAUGUCUCUGACGAUGGGGGAACUGAGGUUUCUGCUUGAGCUGGUGAAGGAAGGGAAGCUCAAGACGGUGUUCGACUCACGGCAUCCAUUCGAGAAGGCGGCGGACGCAUGGGACAAGUGCUUGAGCGGCCACGCGACGGGGAAGGUUAUAGUUGAGAUUUGAUCAUGUGAGGUGCAAUGUUCGUUCCUGCAUUUGUCUCCGACAUGUGAGUGUCACGGAUGUACUAAGUUUAUACUUCAGUGUUGAUUUCUGUUGUUAUGGCUGUCAUGUACUUUAUUGCUUUUGUACUGUAUACGGAAAACAAGGAUCGCCUUCUUUCUGAGAAGUGAUAUUUCUUCUGAAAUGAAAAGAUUUUUUUCUUUUUUUGGAAA